AUGAGCUCAGUGGACGAGAAGCCUCCAACCGAUGCGUCCACCAAGUUACGCGAGAUGAGGAACACGGAUCUAGUGUCCCGGCUCCUAGCAGCGACACCUCCAUAUCUUUACAGCGCUCUGCCCCUGCAACCACACGCCUUCUUCUUCAGCGAGAUGCUACGGUCCUUCGUCAGUGCACGGCACGGCUGUAGACCGCCCCACUACCACCGCCGCUUCAAGCGCCGCUCACACAAAUACUUCGCUGAAAACGACAACGACUGGCGCCGGGAGUAUCCUAAAGAAGACGAAAAGAAGGAACCCGAAAUUCGCCCAGAAGUUCCGUUAGAAUUGACCGUGGAUAAACAGCCGAGGGUGCGGGAGCCAUCGCCGAAAGUGGAGACAAAUAAACGCAGCAGCCCGAGUCCCCAAGAAAGACAGUCAACCUUCGUGGACGUGGGCACGGAAGAGUUGCCCAAACCUUCCCCUUGCGUGCGGAGUCCUGCCGAGAACCCCGUACAACCAUCAAAUUUGAUCCUUCCCCCACCACCACCCAUGUGGUAUCCGCCCCUCUACAACCCGCAAUUCGGCGUAGAUCCCUUGAACUUCUUCAUAGACUUGCGCGUUCAGGGACACAUAUACGACAGGAAACGAUUAGCUGAAGGCAUGGAAACAAACAUCAGUCAAGAAGUGCGUUCAGAAGACUCAGGGUUAGACAAGAGAUUGGGUAGAGACUUCGGACAGAGGCCCAGGCAUUUGUCUGCAUUUUCCGUCCCUGUACGCUCCGGGAACAUUACAGUGGAUGGCCCAGACAAAUACUUCGAUCACCCGAGUAGAGGUGGCAAAACUAAUGGGACGUCAUACAUUAUGAAGAAUUUGAAACGUGUGUAUGAAAACGUUCACUCCCAGGAAGAUAGAGAUGAAUCUAAAGAUGAGAAGGCUGAAGAGACAAAGGCGGAGUCUUCAGACGUGGAUGAUGAUAUUAUUGAUUAG